AUGGCGUGGAAAGGACUCGGCGCCACGGGGACGGUGCUGCUCCUAGCUGCUACCUGUAUCCAGGACGGCGCCGCCCAAAACAUCAACGUUGGCCGGCUGCUGCGCUUCUCGUGCAACCAGCUCGUCAUCGAACGAACGGACCCCCUGGUGAGCCCGGGCAUGAACCCGUCGCCGCACACGCACCAGAUCGUCGGCGGCAACUCGUUCAACGUCACCAUGGACCCGGUGACCAUGGACCCGGCCACGGCCUCGACCUGCACGACAUGCACCUUCUCCGAGGACUUCAGCGACUACUGGACCGCCAGCCUGUACUUUCGCUCGCCCGAGAACGGCUCGUACAGGAUGGUUCCGCAGCAGUACGGCUUUACUGGCCUUGAUGGCGUGCGGCACCCGCAGAGCGGCGGCAUUACCAUCUACUACAUGACACCCUACCGCAGCGCGAACCAGCAUGUGACAGCCUUCAAGCCGGGCUUCCGAAUGCUCGCAGGCGACCCGACGCUGCGCAGCCGCAAAGGGCACAACCCGGGCAUCUGCCACCGGUGCCAGGGCAACAGCCAGAGCAUCGGGGCGCCGUGCGCGGGGCCCGCCGACACGUUCGAGUUCCCGGCCACGCCGUGCUCGGGCGGAAUCCGCGCGACCGUCAUCUUCCCGUCGUGCUGGGACGGACAGAACCUCGACAGUCCGGACCACAAGAGCCACAUGGCCUACUCGCCCGGCAGCGGCGGCCUGCUGGCGGGGGCGGCCUGUCCGGCAUCGCACCCGGUGCGCGUGCCGCAGGUCAUGUACGAGGUCACGUGGAACACGACGCAGUUCAAUGACCCGCGGUAUUUUCAGGGCGGCCGCCAGCCGUUUGUGUAUAGCUUCGGUGAUGCUACCGGCCACGGCCAGCACGGCGACUACCUGUUUGGGUGGAAGGGCGACGCCCUGCAGCGGGGCAUGGACGCGGUUCUCGGUGACAGCUGCGUUAAUGACGAGUGUCCUGUCCUCAAGUCUCAGUCGGCCGAGGAAGUUCUGAAGUGUACCAAGGAGACGCAGGUGCUGGGCGAGUUGGUUGGGAGGAACGGUGAAUGGCUCGACGCACUUCCUGGGAACGUGCCUAUCACGUAA